AUGGAUACCGCGGAUCAGGGUGCUCAGAUAGAGCCGCUGCUGCCAUCGGUCAGUUCUCCCUUUGGGUCCUCGGCUGGGCGGAGAAGUUUGAGAAAUGAUGAUGAAGCAGUGGUGGACAGAGAAGGAACGCGGUCCCAGCAGAGAACCAACUUUGAGCAAGAAGAUCUUGAAGGGCACAGGACUCUCUACAUUGGGGUACAUGUCCCUUUGGGCAGUACCAGACACCGCAGCCAUCGCAAACACCGCCACCAUGGAAACAAAUACAGCAGGAGGAGAAGCAAGGAACGAACCCACACCUUGGUGGAGGGUAGAGAGUCUCCAGUUUAUGAUACACCUUCCCAGAGAGUGCAGUUCUUGCUGGGGACAGAGGAUGAAGAUGAAGAGCACAUUCCUCAUGACCUCUUCACGGAGAUGGAUGAGAUCUGUGUGAAGGAAGGAGAGGAUUCAGAUUGGAGGGAAAGUGCCAGGUGGCUGAAGUUUGAGGAGGAUGUUGAGGAUGGAGGAGAACGAUGGAGUAAGCCCUACGUAGCCACGCUGUCUCUUCACAGCUUGUUUGAGCUGCGCUGCUGCAUUAUCAACAGCACUGUGCUGCUCGAUAUGAGGGCAAAUACCAUCGAAGAGAUUGCAGACAUGGUCUUAGACCACCAGGACUUAUACUCACCACUGGGAGAUGAGCUCAGAAAGAAAGUGCGUGAAACACUACUGAAGCAGCACCAUCACCAGAACCAGAAGAAGCUGGCCAAUCGUCUGCCACUUGUGCGCUCCAUUGCUGACAUCGGCCGAAAAACAUCGGAGCUUCACCUGGAUAAGAAUGGUCAGAUGACUGCCUCCCAGUCUCAUUUAGCAGCUCAAGAUGGCAAAGUGGACAUCAGUAGAGAGAACAGUUCUGUGGACUUCAGCAAGAUAGACAUUCAUUUCAUGAAGAAGAUCCCACCAGGAGCCGAGGCCUGUAAUGUGUUAGUGGGCGAGCUGGAAUUCCUGAACAAGCCAGUGGUGGCGUUUGUCCGCCUUUCCCCGGCAGUUCUGCUUAGUGGGUUGGCUGAAGUCCCAAUUGCCACAAGGUUUUUAUUUAUUCUCCUAGGACCCAUGGGUAGAGGGUCUCAGUAUCAUGAGAUUGGGAGAUCUAUUGCGACACUCAUGACAGAUGAGGUUUUCCAUGAUGUUGCCUAUAAAGCUAAAGACCGGAAUGAUAUAAUUGCUGGUAUCGAUGAAUUCCUUGACCAAGUGACAGUCCUGCCUCCUGGAGAAUGGGACCCAUCCAUACGGAUAGAGCCACCAAAAAAUGUACCUUCUCAGGAAAAAAGGAAGAAAAGCAACAUUUUACCAAAUGGAUUAGUAGAGGGAGAUGAAGAAGAAGAGCAUGGCGGCCAUGGCGGUCCAGAACUGCAGCGUACCGGAAGGUGGUUUGGUGGUCUCAUUUUAGACAUCAAGCGCAAGGCCCCUCACUACCUGUCCGACUACACUGAUGCUUUUAGUUUGCAGUGUGUCGCCUCUUUCCUAUUCCUCUACUGUGCCUGCAUGUCCCCUGUCAUCACCUUUGGAGGACUACUGGGCGAGGCAACAGAAGGACGCGUAAGUGCAAUUGAGUCACUAUUUGGAGCCUCACUGACUGGAAUUGCCUAUUCCCUGUUUGCUGGGCAGCCACUUACCAUUCUGGGAAGCACUGGGCCUGUGCUUGUUUUUGAAAAGAUAUUGUUCAAAUUCUGCAAGGAGUAUGGCUUGUCCUAUCUCUCACUGAGGACCUGUAUUGGUCUGUGGACAGCCUUCCUCUGUAUUCUGCUGGUGGCCACAGACGCCAGUUCCCUCGUUUGUUACAUCACGCGUUUUACAGAGGAAGCCUUUGCCUCACUCAUCUGCAUCAUUUUCAUCUACGAGGCCUUGGAGAAACUUUUCCACCUGGGAAAACACUAUCCCUUUAACAAGAACAACAACCUGGACAAACUCACCUUGUACUCAUGUUCAUGCGUUGAGCCUUCUGACCCCACCAAUGGCACCCUGAAGUAUUGGGAGACGAACAACAUCACUGCCUCAGAAAUCUAUUGGGAAGCACUGGAGGUCCAGGACUGUGUUAAAAAUCGUGGGGAGUUUGUGGGCAGCGCCUGUGGACCGUAUGGACCCUACGUGCCUGACGUUCUCUUCUGGUGUGUCAUUCUCUUCUUUUCCACAGUCUUCAUGUCAGCUUUCCUCAAAGAGUUCAAGUUCAGCAACUACUUUCCCACUAAGGUCAGGUCUGUUAUCAGCGACUUUGCUGUUUUCAUCACUAUCCUAACCAUGGUCUUGGUUGACUAUGCCUUAGGGAUCCCCUCUCCAAAGCUGAAAGUUCCCAGUGUGUUUAAGCCAACCAGAGAUGAUAGAGGUUGGUUCAUCAACCCGCUGGGGCCUAACCCCUGGUGGACAGCAGUCAUAACAGUGGUCCCAGCUAUGCUUUGUACCAUCCUCAUUUUCAUGGAUCAGCAGAUCACAGCUGUCAUAAUCAACAGAAAGGAACACAAACUCAAGAAAGGCUGUGGAUACCAUCUAGAUCUAUUCAUGGUUGGGAUAAUGCUAGGUGUUUGCUCUUUGAUGGGGUUGCCAUGGUUUGUAGCAGCCACCGUCCUCUCUAUCACCCAUGUCAACAGCCUCAAACUUGAAUCAGAGUGCUCAGCUCCGGGGGAGCAGCCCAAGUUUCUUGGUAUCAGAGAGCAGCGAUUUACUGGGCUCAUGAUCUUUAUCCUCAUGGGCUGCUCGGUCUUCAUGACAUCGGUGCUCAAGUUCAUACCUAUGCCUGUGUUGUAUGGAGUAUUCCUUUAUAUGGGAGCAUCUUCUCUCAGAGGCAUUCAGUUCUUUGACCGUCUCAGAUUGUUCGGAAUGCCAGCUAAGCACCAGCCAGAUUUCAUCUACUUACGACACGUACCCCUGAGGAAGGUGCACCUCUUCACCAUCAUCCAGCUCACCUGUUUGGUUCUUCUGUGGGUCAUCAAGACCUCCAGGGCUGCUAUUGUUUUUCCUAUGAUGGUGUUGGCUUUGGUGUUUAUCAGGAAAUUGAUGGACUGUAUCUUUACUAAGCGAGAGCUAAGCUGGUUGGAUGACCUCAUGCCAGAAAGCAAGAAAAAGAAACUUGAGGACGCUGAAGAGGAGGAAGAGGAGCAGAGUAUAUUGGCAGAAGAUGACCAAGUAGUGCAAGUGCCAUUAGAAGGGUAUAAAGGAAUACCCAUCAUCAACAUCACAGAUGAAAUGUCCAAAGGUUCUUUUGGAAAUACUUGGAAUUCCAGUGGCUGAGACAUUUAAGAAAGAAAACAAUAUUAUUUCUCCACAAGUAGAGUUCAAGAGGAGAAAUGCAAGCUGGAGGAGACGGAGGACAGUGUGGAGCGCGUCCUGAGUCUUUGUCAUUGUUCCCUCUGUGUGUUUUCAAACAAAUCUGCAUUGUGUGCUGCAGCUCAUCAAUCCUUUAAGUUUAGUUUGGUAAAUCUCUGUGUGUAAGUAAAUAACUGUAUUAUCUGAUGUGUCAUAGUCUUUCUCUUUAUGAACCAAUAAAACCUGCUGUCUGAGCUUCUCUUGGUGUUAAUGUCAAACUGUAGAUACUGUAUGGAUUUACUGAAUGUAAACCUCAGAAACACACGUUUCUGAUGGCUGUUUUUGGACUGGGACCAUUUUGAAUUUUAUGAUUCUGACUACAUCUCCGAGGAACCAAAUGCAAUAGCUCUUUCUGCCAAAAUGGUAAUUAUUUAUAUGAGAAAUUAUUUAGCUAUAUUUAUAUAGUCAUUUAUUUUGUGGUAUUUAUUUUAUAUUUGUUUUGUGUUCUCUACAAAAUACAGUACCAGUCAGCAGUUUGGACACACUCACCCAUUCAUAUGAAUUUGUGUGUCCAAAUUUUGACUGGUACUGUACAUGGUAGCCUAACAACAACUUUAAGUAUUUUGCUUUCUGGAGUGUGUGUGUGGGUAUUGCUUUUAUUGUAAAUGUACAUUUUAUUCAAAUAUCCUCUGUUGUUGUUUGUAUAAAGUUUUCUGAAUUAUUAAGUUUGAAGGCAUUUAACCAUCUAUUGUUACAUUUCAACAUUUCAAUGAAAAAUUGGGGAUGACUUGAUUUUUAAAAAACAAAGUAAUUUUGUUAAGUAUAUCUUGUCAGUGUACUAAAUUUAAUAAAUUUCUAUGAGCAUU